UGCCCGUAAUUGCACGUCGCUGCUGAUAAAUCUCUUUAAUGAGUAGUCUCGCCAUCUUUUGGGGGGUCUUUGUCCGCUUAAACCGCUGGAAGCAUGAGUGCCAGAGGUGGAACGCCUUACAUUGGCAGCAAAAUAAGUUUGAUAUCGAAGGCACAGAUUCGGUAUGAAGGCAUAUUGUCCUCGGUGGACACAGAACGGUCCACGGUUGCCUUAGCCAAAGUGAAGUCCUAUGGGACAGAGGACCGGCACACCGACAGCCCGGUGCCACCCAAAGAUGAAGUGUAUGAGUUUAUAAUAUUCAGAGGAAGCGACAUAAAGGACAUCACUGUGUCGGAACCAACAAAGCCGCAUCAUGGGCUCCCUCGAGAUCCUGCUAUUGUACAGUCCUCUGUCGGCAGCUCCUCAGGUGGAUAUCCCCCACGCUGGAGCCCAUACAGAGAGAUGAUGCCUACUUACAACCAGCUGGCUGCCAACUCUCUGCUGAACCAGCAGUACAAUGCAGCUUUGGGUCUAGGUCCAGGAUUUCACGGCAUCCCUCCCAGAAGAGCUCCCAUGGUAGAACAAGCUGUUCAAACCGUACCUUUGGCGGGCAACGCUGCGAGAAAAGGGAAAUCCUCAACCCAGCCGCAGGUCAGACAGGCCGUUAGCCCGGCCCAGCGGUCUGGCUCCCAAGUUCAGAAAGAAAAUGUACCCACUUCUCCCCGGCCGCCUGCAGGCAAGACACAAAGCCAACGUGCUGAUAAUCCCAAACAAAGAGGAAAACAAGGAAGUCGCAGGCCCAGGAACCGGAACAGAGGUCAGCUUCUUGUGAACUCCAAGUCUACAACUUUGAAAUUUGAAUCAGAUUUUGAUUUUGAAAGUGCAAACGCUCAGUUUAAAGACGACCUCACAAAGGAGAUUGUAGUUGAGAAGGUGGACUCUGGGGAGGCCCCUGAGAUUCAGUGUACGCAGGAGGAAGAGACACUCGGGGUUAAGUACUAUAACAAGAGCAAGGGCUUCUUUGACAACAUCUCAUCUGACAUAAAGCCCAGAAGGACCUCAUGGGCAGAGGAGAAGAAAUUAAACAUGGAGACGUUUGGAGUACCAGGCCGCUUCCUGAGAAGCCGAGGAUUCCGGGGGCGGGGCCACAGAGGGCAGAGCACUGCUGAGCAGCGAACCCUCCCAAAAAUUGGCGGUGGGAGAGAGUAAAGUUGAUUUGUUUUUUUUUUGUAAAUACAUUGUAGUUUUCUACUUAUUUAAUAAGUGCCUCCCCUUUUUCAAUUUGACGCACUCAAAAUUUUUUGUUUCUUCAACCUAAAUCUACAUUAAUGUAAAUGUACAUUUUGUAGUAUCUAAAAAUGGGAGCGAAAUUUCUUUUAAUCCAGCAGUGAAUGUUUACAUUUGUAGUUUAGCAUGCAGUGUAAGACUUGUCCUUGAACAGAGCAUCAGACAUGCAAUUUAAUUUUGUUUCAAUAGUUCUGGAUAUUAUUUGCUCGACUGUCCACAUGUAAAUCCAAAGUGAAAUGGGCAGCCAAAUGUACUUUAUUUCCCCCCCCCCAACUUCUACUGUUUGUAAAACACUCAAGUGUAACAGCUGCUAUUAAAUAAGGUGGUUAAUAGAAACCAUUUUUCCCGUCUCUUUACUGCAAAUGUCCAUUGAGGAAGCAACUUCUGAUAUAACCUUUGUUCAAAGGUUAUAUCAGGUUGUAUGUUCAAACCUUUGUUGUACCUCAGUUUUUGUUUAAUCCAUUCCAAAGGGGCCAUUAAAUAAAAUAAAAUAAAAUUGCCAUAAAUUAUGUAGAACAAAUAUUUUAACACAAAACUCAAUAGUUACAUGCAGAAAGCCAAAAAAGCAUAUGACAAAUUAUAUGGAUAAAUUAACAUUUAGCCUCACUUACCUUUUUAUUAAAGACUGGAUGGUGAUUGGGAGGGGAGAAACCUCACAUAUGCUGCCGCUGCAUUUUCUUGAAUUCAAUAUUGAAGUGAAUUAUAUUUAUAUAGCGCUUUUCUCUAGUGACUCAAAGCGCUUUUACAUAGUCAAACCCAAUAUCUAAGUUACAUUUAAACCAGUGUGGGUGACACUGGGAGCAGGUGGGUAAAGUGUCUUGCCCAAGGACACAACGGCAGUGACUAGGAUGGCUGAAGCGGGAAUCGAACCUGGAACCCUCAAGUUGCUGGCACGGCCACUCUACCAGCCGAGCUAUACCGCCCCAUAAUAUUGGUAUUAUACCGAAGAACGUAUGGACAAUGGCAAUUUUGCUUGCAUCAACUGACUCAACCACUGGGCGAGACAGCUGUGCAACACAACACGUCACGCUGUCGCCACUCUAGCGUUAAAUGUAUGCAAUACUUGUACUGAUUGAUAUUGUUACUCCUGGUUUUCUUAAUAUACAUUAGUCUGAAUUGUACUUGUAUGUGUAUAACGCUAAGAAACUGUCAAUCUUAAAAACCUGCUUUGACUUAAAUGUCAGACUUUUACAAUGGUAGAAUGUCCUUUUUACCCCCC